GUGAUAUUUUAAUUUAGAUUUUGUUUCCUUUAUAAUAUUACAAGCGAAGCGAGUCUAACAGAAAAGGAAGAGGCGAAAUUAGGGUUUCCAAUCAGGCGAAAUUGAAGAGGCGGUGUUUGAAUAUGGGGAGGAGUCGCACAAAGAAUGAUUCUCGUGGGUCAGACAAACAUGGACCGGGAGCGACGAGGAAGGGAAGGCGAGUACACUUUUAUCUUGGUCUACCUACGGAGAAAAUUUACGAUGCGUCGAAAAACAAGAAAUUGCAUCCCAUCUAUAUGGAUGAAUAUGUUUGUCUUACGGAGCUUGCUAUUCGCCUUUACAAUAUCAAGGAGCAUACACAAUUCAUCCUAGUCAAGCUGCUUAAGAUAGUGACCGCGAAGGGUGGCUGUUGGAUAAAUCUUAUCACUUUCGAAGCCCUGUCACCUCGUGGGGAUGCUACAGUUUUCAAAACAACAAUAACACAGUUUUUUCUCAAAUAUAAAAAAAUAGAGAUUAAGUCUGUUGAGCUCAAAUCUUCUCAGUCUGGUCACAAUGGUGAAAAGUCUAAACAAGAUCCGCCCCUUGAUAUUGCUCAACAACCCGUCAUCAAAACAUUCCCUGCUAACACUUUGGAAGAUAUGGCCCCUUUUCUCUCCCAGUAUGCUCUUGUCAAUUAUGACAUGGACCAGUCUCUUGAGCGUACAGGUCAUAUAAAAAGAGAGGCAUUUCAUAACAUUUCCUCACUGAAAGUUGUCAAGGUGAUUAAACUUGAUGCGGAGGAGGGUACUAGUUACCUUGUUACUUUCACAGCCUCCUUGCGUGAUGAGAGCAAGAAUGUUGAGACCUUCGAAACACAUAUAUGUGUGCCUAGCCUCUUCCCAACUAUGAUCUUGAAAGUAAGGGAUAUCAGUCGCAGGGAUUUGCUUGCAACAGUGCCUGUGGAGGAGCACAAGGGAACAAAGAAAGUAGUUGCUUAAUAAAGUCAUCUGCAUGUAUAUUAUGUUUAUCAGUUUAUGAAUUGGUCAUUGUUUUGACCUUUUGAAACAAAUGGUUAGAUUUCUGUCCAAGCUCGAUGUGUUUAGUUUGUGUGUGUGAAUUGUUCUUGUUGAUUGUGUGGAUUGAUAAGCGGACUUGAAAAGCUUUUCCUUUUCUUAUGGUUCAAAUCAUUCUAAGCCAAGACUUUGUACUAUGGUAAGUAAUCUGUGGUACUGUUAACUGUUGA